GUAGUAUAUAGUUUUGUAAAUGUCUUACAUAAAUUUAGAUUAAACAUGAUAUCAUACUCGGGGUUGGGCAGGAUUUAUAAAUAUACGAAAUCAAUAAAUAAUAUGUGUUUUGUGAAAUUAUUCGUUUUAAAUUUUAUAUAAAAAUUUUAUUUAUGUAAAUUACUCCAAAAAAAGUAAAUAAAAGUAAAUAAAUAACAGUGUAAUUGACUAAAUAAUGGUGGAGGCAAUUGUCGAUUUCGAUUAUGAAGCUCAAGAGCCCGAUGAGCUAACAAUUCGUAAAGGUGAUAUUUUACGGAAUAUAACAAAGAAACCAGGAGGUUGGUGGGAAGGAACUUUAAAUGAUAAACGUGGAAUGUUUCCUGAUAAUUUUGUUCAUGUACUUGAUUCAGAUGUUGUACUUAGGAAUAAAUCAACAAAAGAAAAACGAAUGUGUCAAGCGGUGUUCAGUUAUGUGCCUGAACAUGAAGAUGAGUUACGAUUAAAUGUUGGCGAUGUCAUUGAAGUGUUAGGUGAAAUAGAAGAAGGAUGGUGGCGUGGUCGAUUGAACGAUAAGGAAGGUGUAUUUCCAUCAAAUUUUGUUGAAGAUAUUUCAAUACCAACGCCGCACACAAAUUCUAAAUCUAAAUUUAAAGUUAGCAAAGAAGAUUUAACAAGUAUUUCAAAUGAUACGGAAAUUAGUUCGCAUGUUCCAUCUUUACCACCAAAACCUGUUAAGAUAAUAUGUCAAGCAAUGUUCGCUUACAAAGCACAAAACGACGACGAGCUAACAUUAAAAGUGGGAGAUUUAAUUACAUUAAUCAGUAAGGAUGGCCAAGAUAAAGGAUGGUGGCGUGGCGAGUUGCGUGGGCGGAUUGGUGUGUUUCCUGAUAAUUUUGUCAACGUAAUCCCAGUUCCGGUAGACACAACAAAUUCUAACUCACAACCUUCAGCCUUGAAUUUAUUAACACAAACAACGCCACCAACUGCAGCGAAAAAAAUCACCGAUAAAUUACCACCACAAGUAGCAAAAAUCUCACCUCAAUCAAUUCCACCUAAAAAGGAAACCACACCCCCUAAAACAAUACCUGUAGGUGUUUCCACACCAAUGACGACACCUCCUUCAUCGACUGUCGCAAUGCAACGAAAAUCACUUGAAGCUAAAAGUGAAGUACCACCAAUACCUGGAAAGAAACCAGCGGUACCAAUGAAAAAAUCCCCAUCUUUAACUGGUGGUGGGAUCUUAUCGGGAUUAAAACAAAAAGUUAUGGGUAGCAGUCAUGAUUCUACUCCUCAUAAAACAGCAUCAAAUGAUAAUCUUGACGGAAUUUGCUCCAGUCGACUUUCUAAAGAUGAAAUCACUCCUCUUUCGUAUACGGCAACAUCUGGGGAUGAAAAACAGGAUGAAUUUGAUCGAGUUGAACGUAGUUCAAUGCUAACAGAUCCACGUGCAAAUCGAGCAAAAGCUCCAGGUAGACGACCACCAAGCAUGGUCAUUCGAGAUUUGGAUCAACCUGGACUUACGAAUGGCAAUGCCGAACAUCAUACUCCAACAUCAAAUUCAUCUCCACCUAGCACAACAACAACUCCCUUACAACAAAUACCCGAUGAAAAUGAACAAUCAACUCCCGAAUGUAAACCAAAACCACGUGAUUGGGAAAAACAUCGUGUUCCUUGGAUGGAUGAAUUAAAACUGAAUCAAGCUAAGAAAACAUCUCCAUUAAACCCGUCUCCCGAAAGUUCAACUCGACUGAAAUUCUCAUCGGAAAAAUUAAAUGAAGAUACAGAAGAUAAAGAUUGCAUGUCGAAAUCAAUGUCCGCUGCGAUACGAUUACGAACACCAACACCUCCUGGUGAAAAACCGGGUGUUAUGUUGCGAAAUAGAAAUUCAAUAAAUCAAAUAGUAGGGACUUCAGUUGUUGUUCGACCUCAAUCAAUACAUGGCGGGGAAAUUGAUCAAGGAAAAGUGACGAGGGAAGCAUCUACAAGAAAUUUAACCCCUUCGCCAGUGUUGAAACCACCAACAGGUGUUGUAAAUUCUGCAUCAACAACAGAUAUACAUAAUAAACCAAGUGGCGAUCGUAAAUCGUUAGUGGAUACGACAUCUUCAGCAAGUGGAGUGCAUUCACCAGGUGUGAGUGGAGGUGUAGGCUAUGUUACACUAAAACAAUAUAAUGAAUUAGAAGAUAAAGUCCAUUUAUUAGAAGUAGCUUUAGACAAACAAAAUCAAUUAUUUAAUACAAAAUUAGAUGAAAUCUUACAAAAGGUCCAUAAUGAAAUCGGUGAUUUAAGACAACAGAUUAAAACUAUUGAAAAAUCGGUUGAUAAAUUAGCGCAAUGCGUUACGCAAGUUUAGGUAAACAAAAUAAAUAAGGUACUUACAUUUAACAUUUACUUUAUUGGUCUUCGUCUUAGUUCUUUUUUGAGAGCGACUCUUUUACAUUUUAUUUUGUUUUUUGUUUUUGUGAAAUAAAGUAUUUUUUUGUUUUAUUAAUAGUAUUUUGUACGUCUCGCAUUAGAUCAGUGUGUGUAGAGAAAAUAGAGAUAACUAUUUUGACGUACUGACCCUAAUUCUUUCGAUAUCCGCGUGUAUUUUAAUUUAUUCAGUUUGUGACGCUUAGCACGACUAUUCAGUGAUCAAAUGGUCAAAAAUUGUGCAAAAUUACAACACAACCCUUAAAAGUUAAUUGGUAAUCAGUAAUUGACACUAACCUUGCAUCGAAUUAUCAAAAUUGAACUAUAUGCGGAGUUGUGGCACUUAUAUCCUUACAUGAAAAAAUAAACAUAUGAAACAAACCGUUUUUGAUAUAAAGCAAAAAAUGUCAACAUAGUAAAUAAUGAUUGAUUUGAAAGUCGUAGGUUUGAAGAUUUUGGAAUGAUUAAACCAUUAUUUUCAUUCCGCUUUGUAGGAUAGUUCCGGCUAGAGUUAAUUACUGAUUACAAAUCUUCUAUAAAAGUUUGUUUAUUUUACCUAAAUUGAUUCACUAACAGCUAAAAAAAAGAUAAACAUUUUUGAAGUAUUUUUUUAAUAUUAACCCUUGAGUAUGCUAGAGGUGUAUUUCCUAGUGCUACAAACGUGAGUGUAAACAAUUUUGUAUAUGCGGGUAUAAUUACUUGGCUGUUAAAAAUCUUUUUAGAUAGAAAAAUGUGUGGAAAUGAAUUUUUCUUUAGAAAAUGAACUACUAGAAGUGAUUAAAGGCUGGAGAGAAGUGGUGGGAUGAAGUUGUUGAUUUUUCUACGUUUGAUAUUAAAGUCUAGUACGCAUUGCUCGAAAAGUUAAAUUUUCUUGAUUGAAACGAUAAAAAUACAAAUGUCCUCAUCGUACUAAAGAAACGCUUUACUUCCUUACUAAGUUUCUAGUAAAAUUUUUCUAAGAAAUUCAAUCAAAAAUUCUUAUAGCUAGAAAUUGAAAUAUUUUAUGGUGCAUUAAAAAUUACUGUAGUGUUGAGUUUGACUCAUCAAAAUAAUUUUUCCAAACUACAAAAGCUCAUUGAACAUAAUUUAUGUUCGAAUUUGUUCACUAUUUAAAUAAACUUUGAAAAGAAUAGUAAAAUAAGUUUCAACAUAAUUAUUCAAGUAUGAAAACUUAAAAGCUCGAAAGAAAAUUGAGUAAUAAAUAUUUAUAAAAAAUUAACGGAAAAUGUAACUUAACACAACAGAAUCAGUUGUUUAAAUAUAUUGUAUAUUUUGAGUUUUAUAUUAGUGCUUGAAUUUAGACAGCGCAAAAAAAGUAAGUUUAUAAAAAAUGUUUUAUAAAUUUAUAUCAAUUUCAACAGUGCGAGUUGAUUCACUAAUCACAAAUUAAUAUUUUUUAAAGUUUGAACGGAGGAUGAUAGUUUUUUAUUUAUUGCUCGAGAAGAAAAACUCGUGACAACAGAAGAUCUUUUUAACAGAAAAAUAUUCCAAAAGAGACUCAAAAAGCAAAAUUUAAAUGAAUUCUGAUUUUUAACAAGCCACAGUACAAAAUAAGUAUACAAAUUUAUAAAUGAAUGUUAUAGACGUAUCCUAGGAGUGAAAUGGCCAAAAUUAAUAUCAAAUUUAGUGGUAACCGAAAAUGGACAAUCUUUAGAAAUCAUUACGACAUAGCAAGAACAUCCCUUAAUCUUAUACACCAAAGAGUUUUAGAGAAAAUGGUUGCUCCGUAUGCAACUGCAGAAUAACUAUAAUUGCAACGGUAAAAUACAAUAUCGUUGUUGAAGGAAUCCUAUUCUUUCUGAUCAUGGAGCUACAGGAGUCCUAUUAUUUUUGUUUUAUUUUGAAAUUAAUUUAUUGGUUAGCAAUGGAUAAUGGUAGACCAAAACACAAAAUUGUGGGUAUGUAACUAGAAUUACUGUAGAUAACCUGCAUGUGUACAAGUGCUGCCAAUGCACGUAACAACCGAUGGGGCUUGGUUUAAAUAUACCAUACAUAAUAACAGUUUAUUUAUGGUUACUUUCAUAAAAAAACAACGAAUGCACUGUUUCAACGUAUAUAACUACAUUUCAAUUAGUAAUAUGUACUUAGAUCGCUAUCAUUCAAUUGGCAGUGUAGUCAUUCUAUACAUAAGUUUCCUAUGAUCAAAAAUACUUGUUUUUCAAAGGCGAUUGUUUAAUAAAUUCAAAAUCAGAUAUAGGACCCUUAUUGGCUGAUAAAAUUUUGUGCUCAGUACUUAUUACUGGGCGCAAUAUAUGGAAUCAAUUUUGAAAUUUUCGAAUGAUUUCUGAUCAUCGUAAUUGAUUAUUACGAUUAUUGGGUAUGUAAUAUUUUUUCACGAAGCGAGUCGAGUUUAUCCUAUGUAUAUUUUAUUACAAUUAAAAAAUGUUUAACAUGUCUGGAAACAAUUUUUCGAGUGAAUUUUAAAGUUUGUUAUUUGAAUAAUUAUGAAAAAAAUAUUUUAAAGUUUUAAAUAAUAAUUUUAUUCACAAACAGGCAGACUGACUGUUGAAACAGAUAGAACGACAGACAGACUCUUUUAGACACACAAAUAAAUAAAAUUAAUAUAUUUAAAAUAAAAUACACAUAUCUCUUUAUAUUAUAUAUUUUUUAAAAAGAAUUAUAUUUAUACAUAAAAUAACAAUAACUAUGUUCAUGUCUAUUUACAUACGGUGGAUUCUAGAUCACAGAAAUUAUUUAUAUCAAACCAAUAUUAAUCAAUAUUUACCAAUCAAUAUAAUUAAUUCAUUUAUCUUAAUUCUGAUAAUAAGAUAAUAACUUAAAUGACAAAUACGCUCUUGCCAAAAUUAUUAAAAAAAUUCAUCAAGAUUAGUGGUCAAAAAUAUUUAUAAACGAAUACAAUAAUUUGGAAACCAAAGGUCAUUUACGCAAUUUCAAACUAUUAGACUUUUAAUAAAAUAAUUUAUUUACCAAAAUUAAUACCAAACAAUUCACACAGCAGAUUUGCCAUUUAUUAAAUUAUUAACAUUAUGUAAAAGCAAAAAACUCGAUCGUCACAUUCCAGCACUUUUAUUGGCGAUGCCUUUUAGAACAGUAAUUGUCUUUUUUCACGUUUAUAUUUUUGUAUGUUGCUUUGAAUGGCGGGAAUUAGGAUAGCAAAAUGGACGAUGAGAGGUCUCCGGAUAAAAUGGAAGCUUGUAGCGCACUAACAUAAUAAAUCUUUAUCUAAGAAAUUGGAAGUGAUGUUUUGUUUACUUAAACAUGAACUAUAAUUUGAAUUGCCAAAAUAUGAAUUCUUUUGAGGAAGGCAAUCAUAUUCAUAGCAGAAAGUUUAAAUAUCUUUCCGCUUUGAGUAUAUUGAAGGACUUAAAUAAAAUCAAAAUUUACGAUUACACUACCAUUAUUAAGCUAAAAUAACCUAAGUAAAUUUACAUUUACCAGUUUUUUCGCAACAAUAAAAAAUAAGUAUCCAUGAAAUUUGAUGUACGCAAUCUAAAUAUAAAACCAAAGGACACGACAUAGUUUUUUUUU